AUGGCCAUACGGUAUCUAUACGCAGGAGAUACAUACGCGUACCCGGUGCACUGGAGGCAAUGUAGCAGGUGGAUCGCAAAGAUGGGUGCCAAAGUACGGACAAUAAUGAUCGAGUUCCCGCCGUUCCCGCCGUUCCCCGUCCCCGAGGAGGCUCUCCGCUUUUCCUUGCCCAUUCAACUCUACGGAGUGACCCCUGCAUCGUUACAUUCGUUGGAUGCGGCAAUUUGGGCCCCCUAA